UGUUUAUGCAAGGCAGGGUUAUCUGGCUAGAUCUUGUGGUAGAAUUUUCUGACUUUAAUCUUCCUUUAUUUUUAAAAUAUUUUUAAUAUGAAAACUCAAUAGAAAACUUUUAAAUAUAAAGGCUUUUCUGUCUUCUUUUUUGUCUUUGCCUUUUGUUUGAAAGCAGUUAAAAUACUGUAUAAUUACAAAACAAAAUUCUCCUGCUGUAAAUGACAUUAUCCUUCAGAGGGUCUGAGUCUGCUGUGUGUUCAGCUCCCCUGGGAUGCUCUGAGUUCUUUCAACUUGAGCAUCUUCACUGGAAGCUGGGGAUGUGCAUGAUGUCCUAGAGCUAAAGCAGAUCUGACAUUAAUGAGAGCCUGUCAUUUAAUAAUUGUGCUUUGUUGUCACUGCUUGUUGAUUGCUGCCUUUGUGGGGAAAUGCUGUAUUUUUUCAUUUGCAGGUUUUAGGCUCAAUUUUAACUGAAAUACUUUACCCAGUUAAUUUCACCAGGUUUAAAAUGUGGCACUUGUAGUUCAAUGGAUGUAAUAAAGGUCAGGGAGCUUCUGUAUAAUUUAAAUAACAAGCCAGAAUGGAGAGCAAAGUUCAUGUUGCACUGUUAAGUGGCAAAUCAAAGUUAAAUACCUAUUCAUUUACCUAUGAUUCCUGGAUGGCAGUACAAGACUUUCUAGUUGUUGUUGACUGUAGGGUAUAAAAGUGACAUAGGUCUGAAAGCCUUCAUUAUUCCUCCCAAUUAUUGCCUGUCUUGAGAAAUCCACUUCUAAUGCUAAUGAAUACAUUUCCAGUUCAAUGCUGUGAAAAUCCAUUCAUGCCUGUGAGCUGAGAGGAGCUAACACCUAAGGGAGAAAUUUUGCUGUUAUGAUGACCACUGCUGUUGUCUAGAAGAUGAAUUGAUGAGAUCUGAUUUUGCCCAUACCAAGGGGUGUCAAACAGAGAAUACCACUCUUAAAUGAACAGUGUGUAUGAACAGUGAUGUGAAUAAUCCUUAACUUUCAUUAUUCCUCAGCUAUAAUAACACAAAUGUACAAUUCUUGAUGUCUCAGUCAAUAUUCCUGUUCCAGACCAGGACUCUCACUCGGACAUUGGGCACAUCAGCUUAUUUGGAAGGUGACUGAAUUCUCUCUAGUGACUUAGCACAGCACCAGUUGACAAAGCAUCCAGAGAAUAAUCGGCCAAACUGUGAAUCAUUCAUUUUGGGGGAGGAGGGAAGAGCCAAUGGCAUGGCACAGAGUGAGGAGGUGUGUCACCUGUGCCACCUGCCCUCUCUGCCUCACAGCCCUGGUUGCAAAAGCCAGAGGACAGUCUGUACUCUUGGAGGUCACCCUGGAGUGGUGGUGAAUCCUGCAGCAUCUUGCUUUCCUGCACCCUUCCUUGUACCUCCCUUUCCUUGUACCUCUCCAGUUUGCCUUGCCUUUCCUCCUCCUAUUUCCUCAGCAGCUAUGACCAGCCUGAAGGAAAUCUGUCGUGGCCUUCCUCUAAACCCUCUGCCUGAAAACAAAGGUCGGAGAAAUGGAAUACCCCAUGCACCCGUGAGAACACCCAAUCUCACUGCUCGGGAGAAAAAGCUGGCUCUGCGCAAUGCCUUGCGUUAUUUCCCACCUGAAAUCCAAAAGAAGCUGGUGCUGGAAUUUGCUGAAGAACUCAGGCUGUAUGGCCACAUCUAUAUGUACAGAUUCUGCCCAGAUAUCGAGAUGAGAGCGUACCCCAUAGGAGAAUACCCUUGCAAGACCAAAUCAGCUGCUGCCAUCAUGCUGAUGAUCAUGAAUAAUCUGGAUCCCUCUGUGGCUCAGUUUCCUCAGGAGCUCGUCACUUACGGAGGAAAUGGGCAGGUCUUCAGCAACUGGGCACAGUUCUGGUUGGUGAUGCACUAUUUGUCAGAGAUGACAGAAGAGCAAACUCUGGUGAUGUACAGUGGACAUCCCCUGGGGCUCUUCCCCAGCCACCCGCAUGCUCCUCGUUUAAUCAUUACCAAUGGAAUGGUUAUUCCCAACUAUUCCUCCAGAGAUGAAUAUGAGAAGAUGUUUGCUUUGGGUGUAACAAUGUAUGGUCAGAUGACUGCAGGGAGCUACUGCUACAUUGGGCCUCAGGGAAUUGUCCAUGGGACCGUGCUCACAGUGCUCAAUGCAGGCCGUCGGUACCUGAAGGCAGAGGACCUGUCCGGGAAGGUGUUUGUCACUUCUGGCCUUGGAGGGAUGAGCGGGGCUCAGGCCAAGGCUGCAGUCAUUGCUGGGUGUGUGGGGAUCAUUGCAGAGGUUGAUGAAGCAGCACUUCUGAAACGUCACAAGCAGGGAUGGCUGAUGGAAAUCUCUAACAACCUGGACCACUGCAUUGCUCGCCUGAGAGAAGCAAGAAAGAAUAAAAUUGCCCUCAGUUUGGGUUACCACGGGAAUGUGGUAGAUCUGUGGGAGAGGUUGGUGUAUGAGCUGGACACAACGGGAGAGCUGCUGGUUGACCUGGGGUCUGACCAAACCUCCUGUCACAACCCAUUCAACGGGGGGUACUACCCAGUACAGCUCGGCUUUGAGGAGGGAAAGCAGCUCCUCUCCUCCAACCCAGGGAAGUUCCGGACGCUGGUACAAGAGAGUCUGAAGAGGCAUGUGGCUGCUAUUAACAAACUAGCUGAUAAGGGCAUGUUUUUCUGGGAUUAUGGCAAUGCUUUUCUCUUGGAAGCUCAGAGAGCUGGUGCUGAUGUUGCAAAAAAAGGAGCAGAUAAAACAGAAUUUCGAUAUCCUUCCUACGUUCAGCACAUCAUGGGGGACAUUUUUUCCCUGGGAUUUGGGCCAUUCCGCUGGGUUUGUACCUCAGGUGACCCACAGGACCUUGCUACAACCGACUCCAUUGCCAUGUCAGUGCUGGAAGAGUCCAUAUGUCAGGGAGUGAGCACAUCUGUGAAGCAGCAGUACCAUGACAACAUCCGCUGGAUUCGGGAAGCUGGCAGGCACGGCUUGGUCGUUGGCUCUCAAGCCAGAAUCUUGUAUUCUGAUCAGAAGGGUCGUGUGUCUAUAGCUGUGGCUAUUAAUCGAGCCAUUUCUGAAGGAAAGAUUAAGGCUCCAGUAGUUCUCAGCAGAGAUCAUCAUGAUGUGAGUGGGACUGACAGCCCUUUCAGAGAAACGUCAAACAUUUACGAUGGAUCAGCCUUUUGUGCAGACAUGGCAGUGCAGAACUUUGUGGGAGACUCGUUCAGAGGAGCCACCUGGGUCGCGCUGCACAACGGGGGUGGAGUUGGCUGGGGUGAAGUCAUCAAUGGGGGAUUUGGCCUGGUUUUGGAUGGGUCCAAGGAUGCUGAAGAACGAGCUAAGAUGAUGCUCAGCUGGGAUGUUUCCAAUGGAGUUGCCAGGCGCUGCUGGUCGGGAAAUGCCUUUGCUUAUGAAACCAUCUGCCAAGCAAUGAAGGAAAAUGGCACACUGAGGGUGACUCUCCCUCACAAGGUGGUGGAUGAGAACGUCUUAGAGCAAGCCCUGAAACAUUAGCGGUACUCCAAGUGCAAUGUUGCUCUUGCAGAUAUAUUUGAAGCUGCUUCCUUGAUAUCCUGUUUUGAUCUUUGGCCAAAUGAUAAAAGCCUUGCAAAUGUC